AUGGUACUCAACGGAAGAGCCACUGCGAAAGACACGGAACAGGAUAUCACAAUCUCUCCCAUUGACUUCUGGAACACAGACCUACAUGACAAGAUCGACAAGCUCGUGGCAAGAAACCGUGUUACUCACGCUGCCGCUCAAGUCUAUGAGACCAGCUUGACAGUGUCAGUCAACGAGAGACAUGAACUUGAUCUUGCAAAGCGGGCGGAACAGCUUGACAUCAAAUGGCAGGAGAUUGUGAGACAUCUACAAAGAUGGAGCUAUUAUCUCCGGUUUGGAAAGCGACUGCUUUUGAUGAUCGCUUUCAAGCUCUCUAAUAAGAAUGGGCCUGGAGCCAGCGUGGGAGGGCGUAGACGUGGACACCAAUCGGCUACUACAGUACAGCUUUUGUAA